CAAAACCAAGACCAAGCUUGAAUAUUAAGAAUAGCGCUGAAGACAAAAACGAAUAUAUGGCUUCGAAACAUGAACGUAGGAUCCUCUGCUUCUCUCUUGUUCUGCUUUUCAUGGGUUGUAGCAGUGGAGUGAGGAAUACUCCAAAGCGUGACCAAGGUUACAUAGCUGGAUAUGGUCCUAGAGCUAGUGAGAAAAAGACAGAGGUGUCGAUCGAUCUCGUAAAUAAUCAACAUUACCUCAAUGGGUAUCAUAAAGAUGCUAAAGAAACUAACAAACCCUACAUAACCGGAUACACCAAUGCCUACAAAGACAAAAAGACUGAUCAACCUUCUUACGUUACUAGCUACAACAACGCCAAAGAGAAGAACGAACAUCCUUACAUCACUGGAUAUCGGAAACCUGAAGAGACGAAUGAACACCCCUACAUACUAGGAUAUAAUAAAGCUGAAAAAAAUGACAAGCAUUUCCACAUAACAGGUUAUGGAAGAUCUGAAGAGAAGGGCGAACAUCCCUACUUAUCAGGAUAUGGAAAAACUGAAGACACGAAUGACCAUCCAUACACAACAUCGUACGGGAAAGCUGAAGAGAAGAAUGAAGACUCGUAUACAACUGCAUAUAAGAAAGUUGAAGAGACCAGUGACCAUCCAUACAUAACGUCAUAUGGGAAAACUGAAGAGAAGAAUGAACAUCUAUACAUUACGCAAUAUGGGAAAACUAAGGAGACGAAUGAACAUCCUUACAUCACAGCAUAUGGGAAAGUUAAGGAGACGAAUGAACAUCCUUACAUAAUUGGAUAUGGGAAAGCUAAAGAGAUGAAUGAACAUCCUUACAUCACAGCAUAUGGGAAAGAUGAAGAGACGAAUGAACAUCCCUACAAAACAGGAUAUGGGAAAUCUAAUUACAUUACUGGGUAUAGAAAUUCUGAAAAGACCGAGUAUCCCUCACAAGAUGCAACAUCCAAGUGCAAAAAGCAUAUGCAUGAACAUUCUUCAUCUCACAAUGAAGGCCACAUGCAUAUGGGACAUGGAAAUCAUAUGCAAACACAACCUUCAGCAAAUAUGGAUCGUACUGACGCAUUUAAACAAGGCUUUUUCAUCCCAAAUGACCUGAGUGCAAAAAAGGUCAUGGCCCUCCACUUUCCCAUCGAAGACCAUUCUCGCUUCUUGCCAAAAGAAGUAGCUGACUCUAUUCCAUUCUCAAUCUCCCAACUCCCCAACCUUCUCCAACUCUUCUCAAUCAUAAAAGGCUCUUCUGAAGCUAAAGACAUGGAGGAAACCAUCCGAGAUUGUCGAAUCAAACCCAUUGAUGGUGAGAUCAAGUCAUGCGCUACCUCUCUAGAGUCCAUGGUUGAAUUUGUUCGUGGUAUCCUUGGUUCAAGGGUCAACUUCAAUCUUCUAUCAACCACCCACCCAACAAUGGCUACUGCUUUCAUGCAGAACUACACGGUUUUGGAAGUCCCUAAAGAGGUUUUAGCCCCCAAGAUGGUGGUUUGUCAUCCAGUGCCUUAUCCCUAUGCUGUUUUCUUUUGCCACCACUUUGGGACAGAGACCAAGGUUUUUCAAGCUUCCUUAGGUGGAAAGAAUGGAAACAAUGUAGAUGCAGUUGCCAUUUGCCACAUGGACACAUCUGAUUGGGAUCCUGAUCACAUCUUGUUUCAACAACUCGGAGUCAAGCCCGGUGUCUCCUCCCCAGUGUGCCAUUUCCUCCCAGAAAAUCACCUUGUUUGGAUACCAUCACCAACAGUAGCAACUGCAUAAAUGCAGUAUCCUGUUCUAUUUGCAUAAUAAAGGUUCACGUAGAUCUAAUAAUGUAAUCUACUCGUCAUGUUGUUUCUCUUGUUUUGUGUUUGGUUAUGUAAUGUGAAUGUGUAUGAUCAUAUACUCUAAAUUUGGGGAUGAAGAAAUAUUAAGACACAAUCAGUAAAUUUAUUGAUAUGUGGUAACCCACAAAAACAAUGAUGUAGUUUGUGCUCACUUCCUUUUCCCUCCAUAAGGUAAGAAUAUUGGAUAUUGAGCUUUUAUAUUGACGAUUGAUGGCCCAUCAACUAUAUUUGCUAAUAAAUAAUGUAUCAAGGUUUAUAUAAAUAAGGAUACAUGUAAGAUCGACAAAUUUUUAAGUUGCAGAUAUCCAAUCAUGGGUGUAUAUCUCUUUGUGGCAGCUUUCCAAAAUCCAUUCUAGACUUAUUAAUCUUUUACCUAUUUGAAGGAUGGAUAAAGAACUAGUUAAAACAUGAAUUUUAUAUCUCCAAUUCUUUUUUUUUUCUUUUUUUUCUAAUGUUGUAGAAUUACAUCAAUGGAUAGAAAUAAAGAAAGAAUUGAACAAAU